ACACAACUUCCGGAAUUACAAAACCCGAAAUGGCAGCGCUGGGAAGCUUGUUACGAAAGGCUUCUCCAGCAGUUAUCAAUGCAUGUCGGAAGCCCUUGCUGACAAGAACAAGUCCUCUUUAUUAUGCACAACAAGAAAGAGGGGGAAAAGUAUGGACACCAGAUAAGGAUUAUCUAGAAAAAUAUCUUUGUCCAGUUGCUUUUCCUAAUGAGAAACAGACUGACUGGGUAUAUCCAGAAAUUACAGUAAUGGAUGAACAUCCCUUGGAGAAACAAGUACAAAACAUAACAAUGAACUUUGGACCUCAGCAUCCAGCAGCUCAUGGUGUAUUGAGAAUGAUUAUGGUUUUAGAUGGAGAAACUGUUGAAAGAUGUGAUCCACAUAUAGGACUUUUACACAGAGGUACAGAAAAACUCAUAGAAUAUAAAACAUACACACAGGCCUUACCCUACUUUGACAGGUUAGACUAUGUGUCUAUGAUGUGUAGUGAACAAUGUUAUUCAAUGGCGGUAGAGAAACUUCUUAAUAUAGAGGUACCAGAGAGAGCCAAAUGGAUUAGAACCAUGUUUGGUGAAAUAACAAGAAUAUUAAAUCACAUUAUGGGUAUUGGUACACAUGCAUUGGAUGUUGGAGCCAUGACACCCUUCUUCUGGUUAUUCGAAGAGAGAGAAAAAUUAAUGGAGUUUUAUGAACGAGUGUCAGGAGCUAGAUUACAUGCAGCUUACGUCAGACCUGGGGGUGUAGCACAGGAUCUUCCUUUAGGUCUGAUGGACGAUAUAUACCAGUGGUGUCAACAGUUUGGUCAGCGUAUUGAUGAAACAGACCAGCUGUUAACAAACAAUCAGAUCUGGAAAACUAGAACUAUAGAUGUUGGUAUUGUCUCAUCUGAGGAUGCCCUCAAUUAUGGCUUCAGCGGUGUCAUGUUAAGAGGAUCAGGUAUAGAAUGGGAUUUGAGAAAGGUACAACCUUAUGAUGCUUAUGAUAAAGUAGAAUUUGAUGUACCUAUUGGAAGGAAAGGAGAUUGCUGGGACAGGUAUUUGAUUCGUAUGGAAGAGAUGAGGCAGAGUUUGAGAAUUAUACUCCAGUGUUUAAAUAAAAUGCCAAGUGGAGAAAUAAAAGUAGAUGAUAACAAAGUUUGUCCUCCAAACAGAGCUGAAAUGAAGAAUUCUAUGGAAGCUUUGAUUCACCACUUUAAACUGUUUACAGAAGGUUAUAAUGUCCCACCAGGUUCAACAUAUACAGCUAUAGAGGCUCCAAAGGGGGAAUUUGGUGUAUAUCUGGUAUCAGAUGGAACAAACAAACCUUACAGAUGUAAAAUUAAAGCUCCAGGCUUUGCUCAUUUGGCUGGUCUAGACCAUAUAUCAAAAAGACAUAUGUUGGCUGAUAUUGUGGCUAUUAUUGGAACACUCGACAUUGUGUUUGGAGAGGUAGACAGAUAGCUUUUUAGAUACUGACAUUUUCUGAAGACUUUAUUAAGAUAUGUUGUAAAUAAAAUAUUUAUGAUUUA